UGAACUCCCUCCCCUCUACGCGCAGAUUGGUCUCCGCGCCUCUCUGGAUCUGCCUGGUAGCUGAAGAAAGGUUGGUUUACAUUGAGAGAUUUAAAUGAGGGGAAACAACGGACGUGAGAUUUAAUCCAUGAAAGUUAAUUCGCAAAUAUAAUUCAUACUAAACAUGAUAGUGCAAAUAAUGCACUAGGGUUACAGAUUUGAAAGAAUCUGAUUAUCAUUGCUUGCUUGAAAUAAACAUGACCCCCUAAUUGCAACAGCUUUGAAAGAAUCUGAUUAUCAUUGCUUGCUUGAAAUAAACAUGCUACAACAUAGCUCUGUCGAAAUAAACAAGGCAAGGCAAGAGGCCAAUGGCUCCUUUGUGCAGUGGUGAGAGGUGUUUGGUUUGGUUGGGCACACAUUUGUGGGAACCACUAACAGAAGUUGCCUGCACAUCGGUGGCCUCUCAUGGCUUUGUUUAUGGAGUAUGUGUAUCCCCCCAUUGUUGUCUCUGAAAUGAAGUCAUCACCCAGAGAUGAUCAAUGUUCCUUUGCAUGAAUAUAUACAUCUGUAUAUCUUUCUCACAAGUUGCUUGGAGUGUGACCUGAGCCUUUGGCUAGAUGCAAGAAGAGCUUGCGACAGCUCAUUUCUUUGUAGGCUUUGGCUUGUGAUGCCUGCUAUUCCAAGGAUUUUAUGCAUGGACAUCUAAGUUCGAGGCUUAAAAAACCCUAGUAUUGUUCUAGGGACAUCAUUGCUGAGCAAAGAUCUCACCAUUCGAUGUUUUGCAGGUACUGAGUUGCAGGAAUUAUUGUACCUUUCUUUGAAGGUAGGCCAGGACCGCCCCGCCCCGCCCCUGCUGCCACUUCUUCAAGAUCGACACCAGUAAGAUGGAGAACACAUCAAAGAGCAGGAAACCAAAUGCACAAUGGGAUCCAACUGCUGCUAAAAUUUUUAAUGAGAUAUGUGUGGAACAAGUGUUGGCAAAUAAUAGACCACAAGGUUGUUUGAACAACAAAGGGUAUGCCAAUCUUAUUGCCCAGUUUAAUGAACGGACUGGUAGAAAUUACAACCGUUCUCAAAUGAAAAAUCGUUGGGAUGCACUGAAAAAUGACUAUACAACAUGGAAGACACUACUCCUGGCCGCAUCUGGUUUAGGGAGAGAUCCAAGGACUGGUUCUAUUGCAGCUGAUGCUGAAUGGUGGAAAGAAAAAAUAGAGGCCAUGCCCGCAUGCAAAAAAUUUAGACUUGCUCCAUUGGAGAAUGAAGAAGAUCUUGAAAUAAUGUUUAGUGGUGCGUCUUGCACUAAUGUAUAUGCUGCUAUUCCAGGAGCAAAGGAAGGAACAGCAGGAGCAAAGGAGGGAACAUCAGGAGCAAAUGAGAGAUCAGAUGGUACUGACGAUGAGGUUGAGGAGGUGCUUCCAUUUUCCCCACCAGGAGCAAAUGCUAAGAAAAGAGGUGCUGCUCACAAAUCCCCAAUGAAGAAAACAAAGAAGAAUUUUAGAGAUUUGCAGUUCAAACGGUUUGUGGAUUCAUUUGUGGAAAAAGCUAGUUCAAGCAAGACUUCCGCAACUUCAUCUCCUAAUGAUUAUGUUAGACAAGAGAUAGCAGAAAUGUUGGAAUCAGUUAUUGAGGCUGGAGCAUGUGAAGGAAGUGAUGAACAUUUCUAUGCCACACAACUCCUCGUCAAGAAGGAGUACCGUGAUGUGUUUUCCACUCUUAAGACCCCAGCUGGGAAGCUUGCAUGGCUGAAGAGAACUUGGGAGGAGAGGAAGACACGCUAGACAAUACUAGCUUUGCAUUGUACC